AUUCAGUCCCAACUGGGCGCUUAUUUCCGUGCAGAAACAACAAGCAGCGGGGACGAUCGAGACAACGCAGUCCGUCGUACGGGUUUCGUCACAAGAGGACAACAAUACUGUACGUCAUGAGCAAACUAAAGGCAAGGAGCUGAAAUGUAAUUGCAAGAACUUGAUUCAGCAGUGGCUUCGGUAUCUGUCGUCAUGGCUUCUGUGAAAAUUGUCCGUGCGAAAUACAGAAAAUUUCCCACUCAUUUUGAAUUGCAAAAUGUGAAGCUGACUAUUGCAGAAGUGGACUCUAUAAUUGGCAAAUUGGAACGAGAAAAAGAGGCUCCAGCCACAGUGGAGGAAUUUGAGAGUGACGUCCGCUCUCUCAAUUUCCUUGCCUAUUUGCACCUGCGUCAACUCCAGCCUGACAAGGCCAAGCCCUUAGUGGAGGGCACCCUACAAAAGGAGCCACGCAACGUGACGGCCCUUGCCAACAAGUGUGAAUUGCAUCUACAGUACUUUGAAAUUACAGAAGCCGAAGCAGCAUUGCGAACCUUGGAGAGGGUAAGCGAAAACAAGGAGUCAAUCGCCAUCGCUUUGUCAGAGCUGGCUUACAGCCUGUCUCGAUGUGGGCCUUGCUCGCAUCUGUCGGCCGCCACAAAGUUUGCAGAGGCCAUCGAGGUGGGCCAGAGUCGAUGCUUGCCUGAGAAGCUUGUGGCUUGGCAUUAUGGAAUGGCUUUGAGCUACAACAGGAGUUUGGCUCUGGAACACAUUUUGGAAAAUCCGGGCGUUGAUGUGGAAGAAAACUUUAAAAUGGCAAUUGCGGCACUUGCCUACGUCGCUAAGUCAGACCACAAGUUUCUGAAGGCCAAAGCGUACGUGAUUCUGGGUGAAAUCACAAAGCACUAUUGGAGAGAUGUCAAGCGCGUCCAAGGCAACAUGUCGCAUGUAAUUGUGAAGCUGCCCGAGGAAAGCCUGACAGUCUUCGAGUGCUUCGAAAGAGCGUAUGAACUGGCGCCUGAGGACCACUGGGUCCUGGGGCGAUUUGGAAGGCACCUCCGACACGUCAAGCAACACGAGCGGGCUCUGGAGAUGUUAAACAGGGCAUGCGACCUCUGCCCCUCGGCCUUUACCCGCCAUCACCAGGGACUUGUGUACCGCUCCAUGGCAUACGAGGCCAAUAAGACCGCUAAUGCAGGUCGAGGCAGAAGCCACAGAGGACAUCCCAGAAGCAGGGGAUAUCAACAACGACGAGAUAGCGAAGGAAGGGGAGCUCAUGGUGGAUUCACUGCAGACAUCUGUGAGUCGUUUUCUGCAAUACGCCUUGAAAAUAAAGAUCAGCGACCAGCUCAUGGUGAGCAGUCCAUUGUGUCAGAUAUUUUCUCUGUUCCAUGCAGAGGGAGGAGAAUGGGGAGAUAUCACUGUUCAAAAACACCAGGUCGCUUACAAUAUUAUGCCGGCACUCGCAGUGAUAAUGAACAAAGAAGAGGCAGAGGUAACACAGUUGCUCUGCAGGAUUACCAAGGAUGGAACAAAUCAGGUCAUGACGGACGUAGUUACCAAAGACAGGACCAAGUUUUAAGCAAUCGCAACACAUCUGCUGGAUAUCCAUCAUACAGGCCCUUGCCAGAGCGGCCAAUCUUUACCCAUGCUUCAUCAGGAUAUAAGAAUGUCACAGAUCCUCGGGCAAAAGAUAACAUGGAUCUUGCCAUUGAAUGCAUCAAAAAGGGCAUAGAACUGUCAAAUGAAACGGCUCACUCCUUGCUGGGGACUUUAGCUGAAAUUUACUCAUCAUUGGGCAAGCAUGAGGAAGCUGAUGAGUGUUUCCGAAAGUCACUGCAAGAAGAUCAAUAUGUCACACACCUUUCCCGUGCUCGGACACUGGAGGUAUGGGGCCUGGCCAUGAAGAAGCGUGGAAUGUUGGAGAAAAGCCAUAAUUACUUUCGCAUGGCUAUUGAAUAUGCAGCCAAAGUAAAAAUUACACAGAGGGUGGCCUUUCAAUUAUUUAUGCACCAACUGAAGGCUUGUCGUGACCCGACACACAAAGACCUUCUGUACCAAUCAACAUUUUUUGAGCUUGUAGGGCGCCACGGUGAUGCUCUCAAAUUACUUUAUGAAGCGCACAGCAUGAAACAGGAUCCAGAAGUACAAUAUAGCAUCAUCAAGAACCUGGCCGCAGAGAAAGAGUACCAGAAGGCGCUGACCUCUUGUGUUAUGCUGCAAUGCACGGAUUCUGCAGACAUUAUAGAUGACCGUGAUCUGGUAGACAUCUCUUUUGGCGCUGUCAAGCAGCGAAUGGCGGAUCUUUCGCUGCAGAAUUCGCAAGUGCUCCGGAACAUCUAUGACCGCCUGCUAAGAAAUUCGUGCAAAGAGCACGAGGUGUUCAUCUUCCAUAACGAGGACGAUAAAAGUGCAGCUUUGGCUGAAAAUGUUCAGGAGCUCGCAAAAGAAAUGGCACAAAUUGAGUGUGUCCCCCUUUGCUGUGUGCCAGGUGGCCAGAUAUUGGUACAAAGCAUCGCGGAGGUACCAGAGAGUUAUGACGCGAUAAUUGUGAUGGUGACUCCAGAGUUUGUUAGAAACGAUGCAGCGAAGAAGCUCUGCCUUUAUCUGCUGCAGGGGUCUUGCGUUCUGCUGUGCCUGUGUGCGCCCUGCGUCUCCGAAAACGACAUCCCUAAGGCCCUGAAGGCAGCGCACCGCGCAAUACUUCCUCAGGGACUGUGCGGCGAAGCUUUCAAAGACAUCGAUCCAUUGCAAAAACUCGAUGUGUGGAGAAACAUCUUUGACAAUUUAUGGGCCGCUAAAAAUGCUGCAUAAAUGAUGGGCAGUACUGAGAAUUGUUGCUGCAGUGAAACUGCCAGUCUGCGUCGGGCGUAGGUGACGCUGCUUGCAGAUCCUCUCAUUUGCGAUAUGCCACGAAAAAAACCCACGACUUUCCUCCUCAAGAGAAAAAAUCGCAGAGGAGAGAGGCGUUUUUUUGCCGUGCAAUUCCCGAAAUUUGAGAAUGAUUCGCAGAUUUUUAUGGAAUUGAGCCUUAUACAUUCAUGUACAGUAUACAUGUAUAUGUUUAGACUGUAUUUAUGUAUAGACAUACUAUACACAUAUCUACUAUUUGGUUCUUUCGGUAAAGUCACCUAUGUGACUUAUAUGGGCACGGGGUGACCAAUACGGUCAUAAUUGGUCUGUAAUAAGGUAGGCAUUGAUAAGGGGUUGACAGGUAUGUGUACGUGUUCUGAAUUCAUGAAAACGUACUAAAAUCCACGAUUGUAUCGCGAUCGGGGGGAGUUUUUGGCCACGUGACUCUUCUCAUCUGCAAUAAUUUAGAAUUUACAACACCUCUAAUGAGCCACGGAGGCUCAUCAGGGCAAAGUGUCCACACCUGCUUAGCCAUCCGGCCAGAUAAUGCCUACGGCCGCCUGUGCAGCUCUUUCAGAGGGCAGCUACCAUAUCUAUUUCCAGGCUGGCACGAGGCAAGUGCCGUCAUUCGCACUACCAAGUGCACUAGGCUAAGGGAAAGCUCUUGACAGCUGGUGAAGGAAGAAUUAGAUGUCGGCCCAAGAGAGGCUGCUGUUGUUGCUGGUGCAGGUACAGGAGUCAUCCAACAUAAAGAAAUGCAGCAAAUUAGACUCGUCAUCAUCAUCGGAAAUGCGUAUGCCACAAAGACUUUUUGAGCCAACCAUUGUCCACUUUCCACCAUGUGUUAGGCCUCCUGCAAGGUUAAGCACGUGUCACGGCAGAUCUGAUGAACCCACGAGUCCCUUGGGAUGACUGACUGGUCGGUGCCAUGAUAGAGACGGCCAAGAUCCACUCUACACUGGUGACGAGUGUGCAAAGCCCUUGAGUUGUUAUUGGUCCAAAGCUCUUGUUCUCUUCCCACAUUAACACCAAAGGAUCUCAAACUUGCAUAUGUGCAACAUCUCCCGUAUCCACCAUUUCCUUAUCUCUUCUGCCCCCUCGACCCCCAUCCACGCCUCCCAUCACAUCCUGACGUCAUUGUUGCAACUCUCUCCUAACCAAACCUCAGAGGAUCCAAAAUGUUUGUGCCACACUCCUUAUCUGCACUCAUAAAUGUUACCGCAUUACAGCAAGUCCCUCGCUAAAGACAGACGUUUGCGUUCCUGAAAUUGCAACAUAAAGCGUAUCCGCGUUAAGCCGGAGUCAUUUUCCCAUCCCGUAAUGUUAUUGUUUUUAUUUUGACAGAGCAGUACACUGUUUUGCAUGUUUAUUUUUACAUUUAUUGUGUUUAUAUAGCAUUUCCAUAAAUAUUCUAUGUGUGAAAGUCAUUUUAAUAUAAAGUGUGUGUAAGAGAGAGAACGAUAUGGCGAGUGAAAAAGAUAAAUCACACAGAUGCACACAGAUGCACACAGAUGCUGGAAUAAAGACUGAGGAAGAGGAAGGCACAGAGGGCAUCAGCCAAGUACCAGCUCCCAGCAUCACCGAACAACGCUGCCAACACCCACGCUGCUCAUAAAAAAUUGUCCAUCACACGCAUAACUCGCGUUAUUGCGGGCGGAAUGUGCGUUAAGUGAAAAACAUUCUUGAAAAGAAAAACAGCGUUAAAGCGAAACUGCAUCGUGUGAACAUGCGUUAAGCGUGGAUUUGCAGAACAGGAGACCCUUGAAAAACGCGGGGGUUACGUUCUUGGAAAGUGCCGUGAAAGCCAAAACCAAAAAUAGACAAAAAAAAUAGACACGUGACAAUUGAAACAAGUACUGUACUGUAUGCCAAAUAAACACCAUGGUAUCAGCCACGAAAGGCCUGCGAAAGGUCUAAAUCAAGAACGAUAACCCGCGAAAGCCAAGGGUUUGCUGUACUUCAGUCCUUUUGCUGGCUCUUAAUCCAGUCGCGGGGGUUGUGGAGAGACAUAAAAACUAUAAAGGGCGCAUAGACUGUGAACAUGCACAUCGUCGUGAAAUGUGACGGAAUGUAAAAUUAUACUGCAUUAUCACCUAAAGGCAAUGUGAAAGAUCUGUCAUUCAAAAACUGCUGGAUAUCUGCCAAAAGUUGUGCCUUAUAAUGGCGUUUCUGAUAAAGUACUGUACAGAUGGUGGGACUUCCCGUUUCGACAGCAAAUGUUUGCUUUGUACUGUAUGCCAAAUUAACACCAAGACAUGUUUAGUUUUCAGCAACCACGAAUAUUUUGAAUUCACCACACAACUGUGUGACACUGAAUUGUCUACUUAAUAUUGUGUAUUGCCUGGUCUGCAAGGGUCUCCCUCGGAUAUCUCAUUGGGCACUCCUGUUUAAUGUAAAUGGAUGUUCAUCUAUUGCCUUUCACGCUGAGACGCAGUUGUCUCUACUUGCCUGAAAUGUUAAUUUUCAUUUCUAUAAAAUACCUUAAAGUUCUUGCAUGCUUAAAAUCUGUAGGCGCAGUUAACUUUCUUAAAGUUUAAUUACUUUACAUUAUUGUUCAAUUUAGUCUUGAUUUGUUAAACGUUUUGAAACAACCAUUGACUUAAAAACAACUUCAUGUAACCCGAUAUGCCCUUGUGUUGCUUAAAUCUCAGCAAU